UCCCCAACCUUCGCGAGCGUAGGUCUCUCUCUCUCUUUCAACCAUUUCCCACCGCCGUUGGAGUACGACGACGACGACGAUGCUCCGGUGGUGCGCGAAGCUCCGAUCUGCGGCGGCGAAACCAUCUCAACUCGUACAUUCCGUUUCCUCCACCCGCAGGAUCUUUCACUCUUCUCCAUCACUGUACCAGCCUCUCCAUUUCGCUCCGAAUAAUUUGAGUUCCAGGUCCAUUUUCAAUGCAUCUCUACAGACGCACUCUUCGCUCGCGGCUUACCAGUGUAUUCGGUCUUCACCCCUACCUCUCUCCGUUGUUCAAGUGCGGCAUGUUUCGUCAAGAGAGCGACGGAAGAGGAGAAAGCCGAUGACGCCAGUCACUUCCAAAUUGAAGAAAACUAAGAUGAAAUUUUACUCUUCUUACAAGUCUAGGUUCUGGAUGAUGAAGGAUGGGAGCAUUAAACGUCGAAAGGAGGGGAAAAGGCACAAUGCACAUUUGAAGUCCAAGAAAUCAAAACGUAGACUGAGACAACCUGCCACUGUCCCAUUAGCUUAUGCCAAGGUAAUGAAGAAGCUCAACUUUUGCGGAUAGAUUACUGGUAAUCCCUCUCUUGUGCUAGUAUCUGGAUUGGACGAACUCCCAAAUCACAUCAUUGGGUUAUUAGUCCUUGCUUCUCUUUUGGAUUUAUAAAUUCAGAGCCCUAGAACAAAGUAAGAUAGAGAACAACUAUUCGUUUUAUAUGCAGUUAAUGAUAGAAACGACUGUGAUUGAAAACCACGUGAUCUAUGAAUGGUCACGUUGUACCAAGAGUUAGUCCAACCGUGUCGAAUAAUAUUUAUCUGCCACAUGAGAUAUGACUGAGUUCAAUUGUUAAUGAAAAGUGAAACAUUUAGAGCGUACUGAUGGAA